GUCUGCAUUCCUAUCUUGAGGCAGACAGGACACCCGCAUCAGGCUUGUCUCCGUUUUUCUUUCAUCGUUGUUCUUAAAAAAACGAUUGAAUGCUACUUCAUAUUGACAUGGUCGAUUUGAAAUAAGAAUUGAAAACAGACACGGUAGGGUAAUGCGCGCCUCAAUAUUAAAUUUGCUUACAGCGGCCAAGGCUGGCAUCACUACGCGCUGACGGGAAAAACACGCUACGACAUUGUGAAUACAGGGUAGGCUAUCUAAACGGCAAGAGGCAACUGCGCGAGCUCGCCAGGCUAAUUUGGAUUCUCAAGGGGAAAUACAUCUCUAAGCUUUGUAAUUCGGUCAACAUAGUUUGAUCAAACGCGUGUUAAGGUCAGUGUGAUUCUAUGUGAGCGUCGAAAUGAAUCAAAACCGGAUUGGACACGAUGGGAAUUCGACGAGAAUAGAGAGCAAUGUAACCGACGGCAGUAUCAGCGGCAGUAACAUCGGUGGUACCGCCAGGCUUCAGCACUAUGGUCAGCCACAAAGUUGCCGGACCAGAGACGUGCGCGCCCAGCAGCAGGUUCGAUCGCACAUUGGUUCAGUCGUUAAACAGCCGCCGCAUUCCGAACCGGCGGACUUGGUGAGACGCGCUCUGGACUUCAAGACGCAGGGAACCCAGUGCUACAAGGAUAAAAAAUACAGGGAUGCGAUAGGCAAGUACCACCGGGCGCUGCUCGAAAUGAAGGGGCUGUGUCGGGUAUUCGGAGACCCCGAUGCCAGCUGUAAGUCGCCCUCUUCAACACUGGCAACUAUCAGUAAGACGCCACUAACGGAUGAACAAAAGGGUGCCGUGGAGAACGCCGAGCUGGAGUGCUACAACAGUCUCGCGGCGUGUCUGUUGCAGAUGGAGCUAGUGAACUAUGAGCGCGUAAAGGAGUACUGUCUGAAGGUGUUACGGAAAGAAGGAGAGAACUUCAAAGCACUGUACCGAUCCGGGGUAGCGUACUACCACCUGGGAGACUUUCAAAAGGCCCUACACUACCUAAAAGAGUCGCAUAAACAACAGCCAUCAGACACCAACGUUAUCCGCUACAUCCAGCUGACAGAGAUGAAGAUCCGUCGUAACGCUCAGAGGGAGAAGGAGGCCGCAUAAGCUGAGGCCGCCGUUGCCAUGGGAACAGUGCCAGGCAAGCCCGGCACCAACACAGCAACCUGGCAACAUCCACACCUUUUUUUGGAUGACUUUUUCGGGGGGCCACAAAUUCUCCAGCCAGACCUCUCCUUCCACUGUGUUUUGGGGGCGAGGCUGCAAGGUGCACAUUUAUUUGGCUAUGUACAGUCAUUUACAGAUCUGAGGUCCACAUGUUAUUGUUCCAAAUAUGGCCCGGUCAGAAAGUACCAUUCAAAUUCACAUUCCUACAGAAGCUAAGUGAUUGUACAUUGCCAGCAUGCUAAGUGAAGCCAACAUGUCUCUCUGAAGGCUUGGUGACAGACCCCUCAAUGCCAGCUCAUUAGACUGCAUCAGCGCACCAUCAGCUAAACGAGCGGCAACACAUGCAUUGGGGCGUUUUUGGUUUUGCCACAGUUCACUCUAAUCUUUUGUAACGUGUUUAUUUUUUCUGAAAAGAGAAUUUUGCUUUGUAGAUCUAUCUAACGGAGCCCCCCUGCUGGCUGCUGGCUUUUGUAGGUGGCAAUGUUAAUCCUUUUCCCCUCGUGAUAUUUCCCCCUGUGAUAUGGCAGCCUCCUUCUGUACAUCAGACAGGCCUUUACGAAUUUGUGAACACUAUUGUGUUUUUUUUUUCUUAUUACCGCUGCCCUUCACUAAACUGUAGGAAGUCGCCACUGUAUUUCUGUUGAAGGACGCUUAGGAGGGCUCUGCCACUGACACCGAAGCCCAGUGCGGACGAAAGAUUCACUCCGCGAGGAGCUGUAAAUGGUGUCCUAAACCUGGCCACCAUUUUGAAUUGCCUGCGAUGGCCAGUGCCGGCAGUGGACAUUUUGAGGCGGGUAGUUCACACAUUCUAAAAUGGUUUCAUCACAUCGCAAAUCUUUGGUCUGAACUGGGCGUCGAAGGUAUACAUGAUAGAGGCCUUUUUGUACAAAUUUAGUGUAAUCGCAUGGAAAAGCUUUAUUACCAAUUUGGAUUACCCCAUAGACCCUUGUGUAUGAGAUACUGAAUAUCCCCAAAUAUCCCGUGUGGAUUAUGCUUUAUCCAAAAGAUGAAUCGUGUUAGCACAACUAAUUUCUGAUGUGUACACAGUUUCUGAUGUUCUGGGUGGGCAUUUUUUACUGUGUGGACUGACAGAAAUGUUCUCCGCAUUGGAAUUAAUUGAUGAAUCAGUCCACGUAUUUGCGAAAAUCUUAAACGAGUGAGAUUUUUUUUGUGACGUUCUUUCGUAUUGCAACACAAUAUAACAACGGUAUUUCUAUGCUUCUGCUGCUUAUGUAUAUAUAUAGUGUUUUCAUUCAAAGUGAUGGUCAUGAGUGGCAUUUUACUACCAGGCUGUACUGUGAAAGCCUGUAGGUGGAUCUAGUGCUCCUCUGUACCACUGUGCUGUUUAUUAAUAUCGACCAUUGCUGUUGACUCAGAAAUAACCACAUAUGCUACCCCGUCACGUCCUGCUGAUCUCAGUAACUGCACUAAAUGAUCACUGUGUUUUUCAAUCUCAAAGCUCAAUCUCGGUGGAAGUUUUCUGGUGAUAUGAAUGUUACCUGCAUGAUGGAGUAAGUGUUGUUUUGGAAGCACAGUUAAGAUGGCACAUUAUGAAUUUGUCAGAAAUUAUAUAUGAUCAGAAAACAAAAAUAAUUAUAGACCAUUAUUUGUUGGGUGCUUUUCGGGCCAUAGGUUCUCAGUACUUUACAAUGACACCAUAAAAUAUAAUGACACAAUACACACAAUAAAAUGCACAUUAUUAAAUAUGUAUUGCCAAUUUGAAAGAGGGAUGAGAGGCUUAUGAUGGACUCAUGUCAAUUAAGCAUUUUGAUGAAAAACAGCCAAAUCCGGUCAUUGGAUAUGGUGUAAUUCGGAUCGUGUAAGGGUUCUCCUUAAUUCCCAGAAAUAAAUGCAGAAGCUUUAGUGUAAAAUACAAGCUUUGACAUUUCGAUUUAAGCAUUUUGAAUUUGGUGUGGUGACAUUAUGUAUUAACUUAACAAUCAUUACUAUAGGUUUGUUUAUAAAGACUUUAAAGGCAUUGUCAGAAAAAAAAUUGAUGUUUGUAAACAUUUGUGUAGGCAAAGUCAGGUCCUUUAUACUGCUGUCUUCACAAAAUAAAUCAGUUGUAAUCACUAAUAAAGGUUAUUUCUACAGUACGAUUACUUCAAA